CGACACGAUUUCUGUGCGUGCGCAGUCGUGGAGUCCUGUGUCGUUCCCGCCAAUUCUCGUGUCAGUCUAGUUCCUUCAUGGAGCCGUUUGAUCCUGCGGAGCUGCCUGAGCUACUCAAGCUAUAUUACCGAAGGCUCUUUCCCUACGCCCAGUACUAUCGCUGGCUCAACUAUGGAGGAGUGACAAAGAACUACUUUCAACACCGUGAAUUUUCAUUCACAUUGAAGGAUGAUAUUUAUAUUCGCUACCAGUCCUUCAGCAACCAGAGCGAUCUGGAAAAGGAGAUGCAGAAGAUGAAUCCGUAUAAGAUUGAUAUCGGCGCUGUAUAUUCUCACAGACCCAGUCAACACAAUACGGUGAAGCUAGGAGCGUUCCAGGCUCAAGAGAAAGAACUGGUCUUUGACAUUGACAUGACAGACUAUGAUGACGUCAGGCGAUGCUGCAGUUCUGCAGACAUAUGUUCCAAGUGCUGGACUCUUAUGACGAUGGCCAUGCGCAUCAUAGACCGAGCACUGAAGGAGGACUUUGGGUUUAAGCACCGCCUCUGGGUGUACUCAGGAAGGAGAGGUGUUCAUUGUUGGGUCUGUGAUGAGUCCGUUAGAAAGCUGUCCUCUGCUGUGCGUUCUGGGAUAGUAGAGUACUUGAGUCUUGUAAAGGGUGGUCAAGACGUUAAGAAGAAGGUUCACCUAAGUGAAAGACUUCACCCUUUUGUCAGGAGAUCAAUAAACAUAAUUCGGAAAUACUUUGAAGAAUAUGCCUUAGUUGGCCAAGAUAUUCUUGAAAAUAAAGAAAACUGGGAGAAGAUUUUAGCCCUUGUUCCUGAGACAAUUCAUGAUGAGCUUCAGAAGGGCUUUCAAAGGCUUCACAGUUCAUCUCAGCGCUGGGAGUAUCUGAAGAAAGUGGUCAACACAUCCCAGAAUAUGAAGAAUGAUAAGUGUGGUCCCUGGCUGGAGUGGGAGAUUAUGCUCCAGUACUGUUUCCCACGCCUGGAUAUCAACGUGAGCAAAGGAAUCAACCAUUUACUGAAGAGCCCGUUUAGCGUUCAUCCUAAAACAGGUCGCAUUUCUGUGCCAAUUGAUUUUCAGAAAGUGGACCAGUUUGAUCCAUUUGCUGUUCCAACCAUAAGCGCCAUCUGCCGAGAAUUGGAUGUGGUUUCCAGUAAUGAAAAGGACAGAGAGGAGCUUGGAGGCGAAUCUGAAAGCAAACCUAGAAUAAGAGAUUAUAAGAAGACCAGUCUAGCACCGUACGUGAAAGUAUUUGAACAGUUUCUUGAAAACCUGGAUAAGUCCCGGAAAGGCGAACUUCUCAAGAAGAGCGAUUUACAAAAAGAUUUCUGAAGAAAACAACUUCCAUCAAACCAGUGCCUUCCACCUUUAACCAUGGACCAAAUAUUUUAAGAAUCAUUUAAUAAAUAUGGCAGAAUCAUCUAUGUGCCUUAAUCCUUACAGCAAAGCAGAGUGUCCUUCCUCUGGUAACUAAACCAAUCAGUUUCCAAAGAUAAGAGUUAGAUGAACAGUACUAGACCUAAUAGAAUGUUCUUUUUCAAGUAAUUUAAAUUUUAGCUUCUUUUCCCCUCAAAACUGGAUUAGUUUUCCACAAAGAGGCAUCUUUAAAAUGUAACCAAUUUAGACCCAAGCAUGGUGGAGUGUGCUUUUAAUUUUUUUUUUUGUUUUUUUUUUGUUUG